AUGCAUCCUAUUUUGGCUUGGGACCCGAAUGACUAUACCAUCGAAUGGAUCAAGAGGAUGAAAGUGUUCAGGAAGAUCAAGCAGAUGAAAGAGCGUACGGAGAUAGCUAUCAUGGAGUGGGAAAAGGAGAUAGAGAGUAUGACAAAGAUGGAGGGCAAGGGAGAGGUGAAGAGGGUGGAGGUAAUAGAUAGGAUUAAAGAGAUCAUCAGAGAGAUGGAAAAGCUAGAUAUCGAGUGGGAGGAGAAGAUCAAGGGUAUGAAAGAGAUGGAGAACAAGGAAGAGAUACAGGAUAUGCGGGGAAUGAAGAGCAGAAAGACAAUAGAAUGGGAGGCCGAAAUCAAGAAAUUGAUAGAUAUGGAUGGGUAG